CAAAGACCACCUCCUAAGACACUCUUCGGUUGGAUUCUUCUUGCAGUAUUAUUUUGCCGUGAUUCAUCCAUGCACGUGGCUAUUCGUCAAGCCGAGGCAUGCAACACGCUGCGUCGAAUCUACGAGCGCCGCGUUGACCAGUUGGAUCGGACCAUGCUCGUUCUCCUUCGCAAUGCCCGUGUCCACGAAGAGACGGUCAACAACAUGCGAAACUUCGUCGCGACGUCCUUGCAGUGCAUGUACCGAGGCUGGAAAGGCCGCGAGGUGGCUUGCUUGGCGCGUCAUCGACACAUGUCGGCAAUUCAGAUCCAGCGCGUUGUGCGCGGCAAUCAGGGACGGAAAAGGGCGCUGCGGGAGCGCCGGCGGCAAAACAUGGUGUUGCAAAGCCCGUGGGCCAUGCGGCAGCUGCUGUCGCGCAGCCUUCUCAUCCGCACCGUGGGAAAGUGGCAGGAGUUCUUGGAUCCGUGGACCAACGAGUUUUACUAUUUUGAAAUGUACACCCAAGACAGCCAAUGGCACCCCCCCGAUGAAUACACGGCGUUUCUGGCAUGCGACUGGCUCGAGUGCCGCUUCAAAGCCAACACGAUGAACGAAAUCCACGAACACAAGCGCACCCAACACACUUGGUACUGCGAAGUGUGCCAAGGCCGGAAUGUCGGGUACACGUUCCCUACGUGCCCCACGUGCACUGUCGUAAUGAACACGCCGACGAUUGUGCCGUCCCAAGAGUGGCCCCUGGCGAUUCCAAAGCGGCAAUCAGUGCCCCACCUCUUUCCCCCCACGGCGACCCCUCAGUUUUCAGACAAGGAUCCCGCGCCAACGACUACGAAACCGCCUUCGCGUGUGGGAAACGUCUUGUCGGUGGGGAAGCAAGACGGAGGUUCCGAUGGCGAAACAGGCGGGGACGACCCGAAUUCGAAAGCGUCCAUCGUCGAAGCGAGGCCGCGGCCAUGUGACAUGGACGGUUUGGACCAUGUGAAUUGGAUCAGUGCGUUCAAAGGCAUGGAGGAGGCGUUUGCAAAGGCCCGGUUCCCGAGCGGAAGUUUGUAUGUGGGCAACUUUAUCCACGGCACCACGUUUCAUGGAUGGGGCGAAUACUAUUAUGCCAAUGGUGACCGAUACCGAGGCCAGUGGCAUCUUGGCCUGCGACAGGGGAUUGGGCUCUGGAACAGCGUGUGUGGCAAGCGGUACCAAGGGCAGUGGGACCAAGGCCGCCGCCACGGGAUCGGACUGUUGCAAUUCCCCAACGGCGAAGUGUACCAAGGCGAAUGGUGCGACGGCAAAAUCCACGGCCGAGGAAUCCACACCAGUGCGAACGGAGACUGCUACGAAGGGGAAUGGUUGGCCGGCGUGCAUCAUGGCUUUGGAACGUUCUCCAGGGUAGAUGGUAGCUGGUACAAAGGGAUGUUCGACCAAGGGCAAGCCCACGGGAUUGGCAUUGUGUCCGUGAAUGGCGAAGUGUACAAGGGCGAAUGGCAAAAGGACUUUCGCUGUGGUCGAGGGGUGUGUUUUUAUGCCAACGGGGGCGUGUAUUCCGGAGUUUGGGAGCGAGACGAAUGUUGUGGACGCGGCAUCUUCAUCUCGGCCAUGGGGGAAAAGUACAUUGGCGACUGGAAGCACAACCUUAAGCACGGACGAGGCAAGUACAUUUUUCAAAAUGGCGACAUCUUCGACGGAAACUUUGUGUCCAACCACGCGACCGGGCUGGGCGUGUAUCGGUUCGCUACCACCGGUGACGUGUACACAGGUACACAGUGCUUCGCACUUGUUCUCCUUGUUAGGGGGGAGACGCUUAUAGGGCCCUGGGAACGCGACCGAUUUCACGGCCGAGGAGCCACCUACGUGUGGGCAAGUGGGUCGAUGUACGAAGGCGAGUUUGUCGACGGGCAUAUUCAAGGCCAAGGUCGACUCACGUACCACAACGGCAACCGGUACACUGGCAGCUUUGUCCAAGCUCAAAAGCACGGCCAUGGCGUGUUUGAGUGGCCGAAUGGGAAUAUCUACACUGGACAGUUUGAAUGGGGCACUGUCAAUGGUGUGGGGACGAUGGUGUACUCGAGCGGACACAAGUACGACGGCGAGUGGAGGGACGAGCGGCGACACGGCCGCGGCACGUUCUGGUAUGCGAACGGCGACGUGUUUGCUGGUGAUUGGGCGGACGACGAGUUCCACGGUCGUGGUAUCUUCACAUGGAGACCAGGGAGCAGCAUGCAGGAGCAGUACGAUGGCGACUGGACCCACGGCAUUCGACACGGCCAAGGGCGGUACGCGUACCUGGACGGGAACGUUUACGACGGGGCAUGGAACCAAGGGCGUCGAGAUGGACAUGGGGUGUAUGUGUGGGUGAACGGAGAAGUGUACGACGGCGACUUCGUGCAAGAAGAGCAGCAUGGGCACGGCAAAUUCACCAACCAGGAAGGCGACGUAUACGAAGGCGGGUGGACGCACAACAUCCGCACCGGCGACGGCGAGAUUCGUUACGCAGACGGCAGUGUGUUUGUGGGUACGUUCAGCAACGGCCUGCGCCAUGGCCAAGGCUCGAUGACAUACCCCGACGGCAACACAUAUCGCGGCAUGUGGCUGGACGACAAGCGGCAAGGGGGGGGGGUGUAUACAUUCCACGCCACGGCAACGGAGACGCUUCGCCUCAAAGUGUUUGGCUAUUAGACAUAGUACCAGGACGUACUGUAGAAUUUAUGGCGUAAAUUGAGUGGCAUGAGUAGCCCCCCCUGUUGAUAUUGAAGAUGUGCG